CUUCAGGCAGUCCUUCUGGUUUUUCUCAUAGCAAUAAAUUAACUAAAGUUUUCACGAAGGUUUCAUAAUUUUGCUUACCAGAUACAGAUCAACGUCUCAGUUUUUUCAGAUCUCAGACAUGACGAAAGGAGACCAGCAAUCAAGCUCAGGACAACAACAUCAAACCGAAGAAUCUGCGACAACUGACAUGGAAUUUGCGAACUCUGUUCCGUCUUCUGCAUCUGGUAAAAGCUCAUUUCGUCGAGUGUCAUUGUUCCUCGUUGGCAGUCUGCUGGUCGUAACUGUCGUCGGGGCGACCGCUGGAACUUUUUUUGGAGUUGAUCCCCUGGAUGUUGUUGAUGAUGGGGAAAAUGGCGAGUUGAGUGAAAAUAUAUCUGGAAAUGCAAGCGGUUAUGACAACUACACAACGACCGGCGAUUAUCUUUACUCCACAACUCAGGUGAACCUAACCGAGUCAACGGCAGCUCCGAAUUCGUCCGCUGCAGCUGCGACACCAACCGGGACUCAACCGGGUUCUACUGAUGUCGAAGAGACUGUGGCCGACCUUGGUUAUGUUCACUCAACUCCUGCUUUAGUUUUUUAAUAGACUCACACGAAUCUAUGAUCUCUCGAAGUUUGAAUUAUGUGUUGAAAUGUAUUUAACCCGAAGAAAACCACUUCAAAUUUGUUUCAAUCCCUCAA